AUGGACGAGGACAUCAGCCUGCAGCAGGCCAUUUAUUCUUCCUUGAAAAGUUGCCGACCACGGAAUCAGCAGACGCAACCACGUGCCGUUGCAACAAACAGUUCGGCACUAGCAAGUCGACCUCGUAACGGUUUACGCAAUGCCCUCCUACGUGAAGGUAUUAUGCCUACAGUUCCACGAUCUGCUCAAAGUAGAGGUGGGUUCACCGUUGCGGGAUCGCAAUAUCGUGAUUCACUGCAACGAUUGGAAGCGACUGCCUCACUGGAUGAAAAUCCAACUUCAGCGAGUGCGCCUGUGCAGUUUUACCCGGCAAGCGAUCGUGUUCCAGGAUGGACUCAAAUGUGUACAGGGGGUCGUAUUCAACGACAAAAUACUAUGGGUUCUCAGUUAGUAUUUAUAGGUUCAGAGGUUCAUUUAGAACAAACUCCAAAGAUUCACUGCACUGAUUUGUUGUUACUUCGGGCAGUUGCUCCACUGCCCAAUGAUCAAAGUAUGUGCUGUUUUAGCGCACAGGUGCAAAGUUUGGUUUCUCCAGGACAUUAUGCCAUGUUUGGUAUGGGAGUCACACCCCACGCCGGAGAAGAAUUGCAAGGUUUUACGUUGGCUUUAGUUCAUUUUGAUGCAUCCGGUGCUUCUUUUAUUUCCGUGGAGCGAUGGCGUGUGACAGAGCAAGACACAUUUGAGCGCUUAACAGUUUUGGAGCCAAUGAAGCCUCUUCGUCUUGUUCGAGAUCGUGUGACACUGUCGUUGGUCAUUACUUCCCAAUGCAUGAGUCUAUCCAUAAAUGGUGAGCUUUUUUAUCCAAUGCUUGCAGCACAAGAUGUACGCUUGGGUGAGGCACUGCCAAUUCUUCUUUCAACAGGUGGCAAAUUAUUGAUACGAGAUGUGGUUGUUACAGAAGGAGAUAAACCGCCUGUAAAUCGAUUGUAUGGAAGAGGUUCGGGAUUGACAUUGUCACCCAAAAAAAGUGAUGGCGCGAGAAAAAGCCAAGGGGGCUCAGAAGAACGACAUUCUCCAGUAACAAGGGUUUCCCAAUCGGAAAAUCGCUCCUCUUCGAUAAAAGAACGAUUCUCUACAGUUCGCAGGAAAGCGUCAAAGGAGAGACGAAGUCGUACGGCGGAUAACGGUCUUCCCUCCAACAUUAAUCCCGAGUUUGCCAGUCGUAUUGAAUCUGAGAUUAUUGAGCGCUCUCCUAACGUACAAUGGGAAGAUAUCGCUGGAAUUCCUGACGCAAAGCGAGUAUUAAAUGAGGCAGUUAUCCUUCCUCUUUUGGUGCCCGAACUAUUUACAGGAGUUGUACAACCAUGGAAAGGUGUACUGUUGUUUGGGCCGCCGGGAACGGGAAAGACAAUGCUUGCUCGAGCUGUGGCGACAAGUGCAAAAACAACUUUUUUCAAUAUAAGUGCAUCAACUCUUAUUAGUCGAUAUUUUGGAGACAGUGAAAAAAUGGUUCGAACCUUAUUUCAACUUGCCCGUCAUUACGCGCCUUCAACGGUAUUUUUUGAUGAAUUGGAUGCCCUUAUGUCUUCUCGAGGUGGAAAUGAGCAUGAGGCUAGUAGGCGCGUCAAAAGUGAGAUGCUUCAGCAACUUGACGGAUUAGCCACGGAAAGUGAUAAGCGUGUGAUGGUUCUUGCUACUACAAACCGUCCAUGGGACUUGGAUGAGGCUAUGCGACGUCGCCUAGAAAAACGUAUUUAUAUACCUUUGCCAGACGCAGAAGGUCGUAUGGAACUUCUUAAAAAGCAAACUUCUUCCAUGUCUUUGGAUACUAAUGUUGAUCUGGGUAUUAUAGCUGGUAAACAAACCGAAGGAUUCAGUGGUGCAGAUUUGAAUUUAUUGGUUCGUGAUGCAGCGAUGAUGCCGAUGCGCAAACUGAUUGCUGACAGAACACCUGCUGAAAUCGCGGCUAUGAAGGCCGGUGGAAAAAUGGUUUUGCCUCCUGUUACAAUGCAGGACUUUGAGGAAGCGGUAAAGAAGAUUCAACCCUCUGUUUCCCAACAGUCUCUCAAGGAUUUUGAGAGGUGGGCCGAAGAGCUUGGGUCCGUAUGA